GUGCUGUUUCUUCAGAUAUCCCUUCUAGAUAUCUUGAAUCUUCGAUAUUACCCACGGUUCCUACCAUAUAGCCCUUUUGAUCUAAAUUUCCACUGUCAUCUCUUUAAACUCAUCAGCGCGUGGUACGACGCGCUAAGACGCGACAACAAUGAAUGGAGACGACAUCAUAAAGUCGCUUUAUCCCUUAGAUGGCAAAUACGAGGACGAAGACGACAAGGCACAGCUCGAAGGGUUACCGCCAGAAGUCCGAAAGCUAAAGCUUGCACAGCGUCUGGACAGAGUGCAGAAGCUAAGAAGUCAUCUUGUCGUGACGCCAAGCGUAUGCCCAAUCCAGGGGAGAAACCCGGGCCCUGUAGAGAGCCUAGGCCCUUCUCCUGCUGCCGAACUCACAGAGCUAAGGGAGAUAGUCAAUGAGAUGGCCUCUCAGAUUGAGUUGCUCAUGCCUCGCAGGAGACUACAAGCCAUUUGUAGCACAAACGAAUCGUCGGAAGAGCCCUCUGAAUCCCAGCUAGUUGCCACACUUGAGGGAUUCAAUAUUGCGUUACGCAAAAUCCAAGACCACAUGUCAAAGCUGGAGCAUCAAAUAUUUAACCCUCAUAAAACGUCGGACAUUGCUUCGCCGCCCGCAGUCGACAUUGACGAAGGCGAACUAUUAGAAUCCUCCGGAUCAUCAGCGAAAGACGGGGCCUUGGUGAUCACCGCUCCAGAUUCGCCGCUCACGGAUUUGGCUGAUAUUGAACUCGAUCUCGAACUGGACGGCGACCUGCCAACAGUUCCAGUAUUCUCUUGCUGUUAUGACGAUCUUCGUUCUCUCAACAAGAAUAAGUUUAAUCAGAUUUGUCAGGAUUUCAAAGCCCGGAAGCAUGGCUUAGCGAAGCUGCAAUUCGACGAUCUACCGCCUUGUCUUAGCGACCUCGGCCCCAUUAGCCAGCCUAAUCCGCAGAAUUAUUCGCUAUUUCACUCGUAUAAAAGGACGGGAGACUUCAUCACGGUAACGAGCCAGAACCCGAGACAACAAAUCACUUUUCCUAAGCUUCCUUACCUAGAGGAUAAGAGAACUUGGUCAUCAAAAGAGUUGCUAGAUGUUGUUCAAACCAUAUUAGAGCACACGCCUUCGGGAACAAUAUGCUAUAUUGUCGGGACACCUUUGUUCAGCGACAUCGAGAUGCAUCCUGGUGACAAGCUAAAACGACGAGGUGGCGGCAAAAUCCCAGGCGUUCACUCUCCAUAUAUCUACUGGAAUAUAUCCGGAGGGCCUACAAUCACGGUUAUGCAUAAAGAAGAUGGAGACGCCUGUUCAUUUAACGUCGUUCGUUCAGGAGCCGGCAAGGUGGUAAUCGUGAUUGCCCCUAAUGACAGCAAACGGUUCGAGCAGCGAAUGCGUGACCACUUCGAUAAUACGACACCAUGCUCCCAAUUCAUCCGCCAUCUAUCGUGCGCGCCCUUCUUGACGAAGCUCCAAGAGUGGAAUAUAUUAUACCACCUUUCGCACAUCGGCCCAAACCAGGGCUUCCUCACAUUACCAGGCACCUACCACAUGGUGGUAAACCUAGGAAACAACUUUGCGACUGCAAUUAACUUCGAGGACAACACAUCUCAAGACCUUCCUCUGCGUUAUACGUUUUGUACAGCCAAAUGCCCCGGCACAAAUCAUAUCACCGAGGCCACGUGGAAGCUCUCGAAAAGGCCCGUUUCCAGAGAUAAAAACGCAAAACCAAAGAGGAAGAAGCCAAAAGAGUGCCCAGUCGAUGCCGAACCGGAACAGAUGGAACCAGACCAAACAUUCCUCAGAAUCCCUUUGCUUAACCCAAAGCAUCAACCACCUCGUUAUAUCAUCAACAUAAUCCAGGGCAUUUUUAGCAAGGCAAGCAUCGAACAAUUCCAAUCAGUCAUCAAUUUUAGACGGGCUCCAGAUAAUAGCUUUCGGUUUGAUGAUGAAAUCGAUGCUACUAUACGCCUAGCCAAACGCAUCAAACUAACGGAAGAGAACACAUUAUUCGGGAAAUUUGCCCGUCGCUUUUUCCAAUCCCGGCUGGCGAGGGAUCUGGAUAGCACAAAACGCGGGUUCGAGAGGGUUGAUUCGGCAACGAGGCAGAAAUUCCAGAACGCUUUGGAGUUUUCCACUAGCAAAAUGGACUUCUACCUUAGCCAUGGCAGAAAGUGGAAUCGCAUUUGCGGGCCCUACGACGGACUUCUGUGUUAUCUCUUCCUCACGCCGCAUAAUCCUUUUAAUAUCUUGCCUGAGGACUACCACAAUAUUGCCGAGCACGAUAUCAAAGUUCUCCACGGACUCUUAGGUAUCCCUCUCACUCGAGACUUGUGCGCGGCUGGGAUAGCAUUUCAGGGUUCUCUAGAAGACAUGGUCUUCUACUUACAGCCCUACCAACCGAUUGUCAAAAACGUAUAUAAUCCUGCCAAAUACCCAGAUUGGCCUCGACCGAGGAUGUGGCCGGAGAACUGGAGCUGGCCUACGAAUCCGCUAGACGCUAUAGGAUGCGAUAUCUGCAAAAAGACAACCUGCAAUUGCUUAAACCAAAAUCACCACCAGUAUAAACCUCGUAUAAAGCGCUACCCGGGAAAGGGCUUGGGCCUCCAAGCUGUUGCUGGCUCUCAUGGGCAAAUAGCUUAUACUCAAGGUGCUACUAUUGGGUAUCUUUUUGGGGAGAUGGUACCUGCCGGCACAUAUGAGAAUACCUGGGCUUUUAAUUUUGUAAGAUCCGAUGUUGACGACGAACAGCCUAUUUGUCAGCUCUAUUGCGGGCCUGAAAGCAACUCUUUCCGGCUCCUAAAUCAUGACUGCAGCCCUUUGGCUCGAUUCGUUGAGAGAAAAAUAUCGGGCCAGUUCGUCAUGUCGGUGGAAGCAGCGAAAGAUAUAUAUGAUGGCAUGGAAAUUACAGCUAGUUAUGGGAAGGGUUUCUUUAGAGAAAAUUGUCUUUGUGAGACUUGCAGGAGCAGGCGGGUCCUAACGUCCUAACUCACGAACUACUAGAAUAGUUUUAUUUACUAGAGUGUUCAAUAGCCGUACUUUGUUUCCUAUUUAUACUAGUACAAAGGAG